AUGUCAAUUGUUUUAAGAUUUGUUGACAAAGAUGGCUAUGUGCAAGAACUAUUUUUUGGCCUUAUUCAUGUCAAAGAUAAUGAUGCUUUAACAUUGAAACAAUAUAUUUUUUCUAUCCUCUCUAAUCAUAGUCUUGAUGUUCAGUCUAUUCCAGGACAGGGUUGCGACGGUGCAAGUAAUAUGUGUGGACAAUGGAAUCAUUUGCAAGCUUUAAUUUCAUGUGAGUGCCCUUAUGCUUACUAUGUCCAUUGUUUUGCACAUCGUUUGCAAUUGGCUUUAGUUGCUGCAUCCAAGGAUGUUAUUUGUGUCCAUCAGUUCUUUACUAAGUUGAACUUCAUUGUUAAUAUUGUUAAAGCUUCAUGUAAGCACAAUGACCAAUUAAAAUUUGCUCAUGCUGAAAAUAUUGGUCAUUUACUUGAUAUUGAUGAGCUCGAAAGUGGAAAAGGACUUAAUCAAAUUGGUUCUUUGCAAAGAGCUGGUGAUACUCGUUGGAGUUCACACUUUAAAUCUAUUUCUAGCUUGAUAAAAAUGUUUAGUGCUACAUGUGAAGUUUUAUUGAAUAAAAUUGAAGAUGGAAUGACACCUGCUCAACGAGGAGAUGCAAAUGCAACUUAUGAGGCAAUAACUUCUUUUGAAUUUGUUUUCACUUUGCAUCUCAAGAAAAAAAUUCUAGAGAUUUCUAAUAUGCUUUGUCAAGCUUUGCAACUCCAGUCUCAAAAUAUUUUAAAUGCAAUGCAACUAGUUUCUUCUACAAUGAUUCUCAUUCAUAAACUCAGAGAAGAUGGAUGGAAUGAAUUAGUUUAUGAGGUGGAAUAUUUUUGUGAAGCUAUUAAUAUACAUGUUCCCGAUCUUAAUGCUCAUUACAUUGCAAGAAAAGGAAGGGCACACUGUCAACAAGAUCACGUUACAGUGGAGUAUUAUUACAAAGUUGAUAUUUUCAAUGAAGUGAUGAACUAUCAAUUGUAA